AUGUUUAUGGGAUACUCUGACGAUGGUUGCAGUCUAUCGCGAUUGUUUUGGCCCAAGACAACAUCACCGUCUGCCACUGUGUCGCGGACAAACGCCGUGACGCAGGCGGGUGGUCAGACGUCAUCGGAAACAUCUGAACCCAUGCAGCCUGUCAACUGCACGACAACAACACAGCCAAUAUCUAUGGGCUCUAGCUCGCAAAAGUCUUCCACGCCAACGCAGGAAACAUCGGCCAUUGUUCACGACGGCGACUUCAUGUCGGCUGACCAGAGCUCGCUCGAUGACGGUGGCCACGGCCACGGUGGCGGUAUGCAUGGGGACGAUGAGGAGGAGGACGUCGACGAUGAUGAAGAGGUUGGUUCUGUAUUAACAGAAGAUGAGGAAGAUUAUGAAGAUUACUGCCUGGGUGGCUACCAUCCCGUCAACGUUGGCGAUAUGUUUUCUGAUGGACGAUACGUCAUUGUACGAAAGUUGGGUUGGGGGCACUUUUCUACUGUAUGGCUUGCAAAAGACCGCGUCGCAAACCGGCAUGUGGCAUUAAAGGUUGUCAAGUCUGCGCCCCAUUACACGGAGACAGCUCUGGACGAAAUCAAGCUGCUGCAACGCCUUGUCUCUGCCAACCCGGAGCAUCCUGGGUGUCGACACUGUGUUUUUCUGCUAGACCACUUCCGUCACCACGGACCCAAUGGCUCGCACGUGUGUAUGGUGUUUGAGGUUUUAGGUGAAAAUUUGUUGGGCCUCAUCAAACGAUACCAGCAUCGCGGUGUGCCGGUGCACAUCGUAAAGCAGAUUGCCAAGCAAGUUUUGCUGGGCCUGGACUACAUGCACAAAUCCUGUGGCAUUAUCCACACGGACUUGAAGCCAGAGAAUGUGCUAAUCUGUAUUGACGAUGUCGAGGCUGUGGUGGAAGCGGAAUUGCGUACAAACCCCAAAGCAGUGCCAACGAAACUGGUCGGCGUGCCGCCGAGUCAGGGACGUGGCGGCGCUCAGACACCGCGCCGUGACUCGGUGUUAAUCACGAGCUCUCGACCGCUAUCGAGUCCAAGCAAUAGCCUGGGAUCUAGCCCUAUGUUUGAUAAGCUUGCCCUUGCGAUGUCGCACGCUAGCGAGGUGCAUCGUUCUGUUGAUGGGAGUGCACAAGGCUCGCCAUCGAGUCCAGGCCCUACGUUGAGUUUACCGCCAAAUGCAAUUUCCUCGGCAUGCGCAUCGGCCGGUCCAUCGAGCCCGGGUGGCAUGUCACUGGGCGGAAAGACAUCGGUUCCGAUGCAAAAAGGCCCGUCUCUCUUAUCGCAGCAGGCGCUGCAAGCGCAGACAUUGACCGCGCCGUCGUCGUCGGCAUCAACAGCGAUGGGUGAUGACGAGCCUUUUUAUUUGCAGUCGCCGCCCAUGGGCGUAUCACCCGAUCCAUUCCGGCCAGCGCCAGCUGCGGGGGAUCCAACGGUUUUGCCUCCGCCGCCGCCGUAUGAUCCGUCUACGCUGGAGCGAAUUACUGUCAAGAUCUCGGACCUGGGCAAUGCAUGCUGGACAGAUCAUCACUUUACAAACGAUAUCCAAACCCGGCAAUACCGGUGUCCCGAGGCGAUUCUGGGCGCCAGAUGGGGAACGACUGCGGACUUAUGGAGUGCGAGCGCCAUGUUUUUCGAACUACUAACAGGUGAUUAUUUGUUUGAUCCAGCAGCAGGCGCAAAAUACAAUAAGGAUGACGACCACAUCGCGCAGAUCAUUGAGCUGCUGGGCGAUUUUCCAAAGAAUGUGGCAUUUGCCGGUAAAUACAGCGCCGAGAUCUUUAAUCGAAAGGGCGAGCCUCGGCAUAUCCACAAACUACGGUACUGGCCCCUAAUGAACGUGUUGCAGGAGAAGUAUUUGCUCACAGUUGAGCAUGCCCAGGAACUGUCAUCCUUCUUACUUCCCAUGCUCCGCUUGGAUCCGAAAGAACGUGCAUCGGCUAAAGAGGCCCUGGCUCAUCCAUGGCUCCAAGGCGUGGUCACACAGGGUGAGCUGGAGCUUGCGCUACGAGCCCAGCGACAGUCUCAACAGCCACAGCACAAUUCACAUGGGCAUCAGGAGUGGUAUGGGUCGCUUGUGUCACCUACGACGCAAAAGUUUGAUGUGGAAAAUGCCCUCAAGCCCAUCCAACCACUCGGUGUCCCCACGAGUCCAACUAGUACAAACACCCAGACCCAUCACCAUGCCACUGAUACCUCUUCCUCGCCCGUGAAAGAAGCUAAUUGCGAGACAGCAGCACCAUCAUCAAACCAAGAUACACUGGCUCUGCAAGCGCAGUUUUCGCGCACACAAUUGAGCGGCAUCGAUGGUGGCGAUCAAGGUGAGGCCAAGGCGGAUGCCACCGCCGUCCAUCCUAUUUCAUAG